AAGAAGUGAUGAGGUCUGGAUAUAUGCCGGCUUGAUAGAGGUUGUACGCAAGUGUUCUAUGAGCCUUGUCGUACAGAUAAUAGUCUAUUCAGUAUAGACACAUGAAUCAGGAGUGAUGCCUGCCACACAAACAUUUUGUUUACAGAGAUGCAUCUCGACCAUUGUGAUGAACCAUGCCGAACAAUACCAUCAUUCACUUCCACGAAGUUCGAAUGUGAUAGCAGGGGUGUCGAAUGUUUCGAGUCGAUUCGUCGAACCCACGCAAACGCGGUCAUUCGCGACAUCAUCAAAUUUCGAAAUUCGUCGAAGACCCUGGCCCUCCCAGUGCAUCACAAAGAGUUUAUCUCGAGCACGCGACUAUCGAUACUUGCCGUGAUUGCUCGGGCUAACAAGGGCGAACCCCAUCGAAGAUAUUUACGGCAUGGCACCAUCUGCAUCAACUACGACUGGUCUUCUUUCAAUGCCGACCGAGCUGCUCAUCCGUAUCUUCGAGGACAGUCCAGACAUCCCGACCUCAGUACGUCUUUCCAGCGUGCACAAACUUCUGCACAACAUCUGGCUCGACAACAAUGAUUACAUCGUCAGAAGUAUCGCUAAGUCCACGAUUCCUCAAGCCAAAGAAGCAAUGGACCUCGCCGUGCUGGAGACCAGAUGUCGUGGACUCAUCAGCCACGAGAGUCCGCCACCAUCACAUCUUUGGCUGCCAAACUUGGUUCGUAUCUUGGACCUCUCUGCGACUGCACACGCCGGUUGUGUUUCAUACCGAGCUAUGUGGAGCCCUCGCGAUGAUCUUCCACACCUUGCUUGCUACUACCCCAUCCGCUUGUGUGUGCUUGCCUUCGAGUACCCUGAAGCGAGGGGAGCACUGCAUGCCCGUCUUCAAACAUCCUCAGCCAACCAACUUCGGGACUAUUACAAACUCUACACAGCCAUUCAAAAUCCCCUGAGCGACGAGGAAGCGACCAGACAAGGACUCAGAGCCAGUAUCUUUGAGCCAAGCCGGUUCCAAAACUACAGAAGUGUGGAGUUCACCGAGGACAGAUGGGCCUAUACCAGACAAGUGAUUGUUUCGGCAAUGCGAGAUCGCAGAAACGGUACCAACGAGUUGCCUGAGUUACCUGCUGCCAUUGAUGGUUACGCGAUUGACUCUUGGUACUUUUGACCGGGGUCUCGGCUCUUGUGAGGCGUCGAUAGCCCGACUCAUGCUGUCUACCAAAACGCCUACACAGAAGAGCUUGCAGAACGUCUUUGCAUGUCACAGCAAGUGCUCUUCUGUGCAAUGCCUACGAAACAAGGGAACCAUUCAGCCGCGAAUCAUUGGCUGGACCUGGAGGAUAUCGAUAGCUAUGGGCCUGGGACAGAGACAGUCUGCCCCGAUGAGAAUCAGACCAAAAUACUGCACCGGCCUUGUGGAAUUUGAAGCAAAAAUUGAUAUGACAAGAGCGCUCGGGAUAUUUGCAACAUUGCUACAAACCCUGCGCUGCGACUUCUGCACUCAAAUCCAGAUCAAAAGCAUGUAGCUGCAUUUAC